GUACGUAUCUCGUUGUUGAGAGCCCAUUACGAAUGGGCCUGUCCACAACCCUUCAGCCCGGGCAGUCGCAAACGACGCGCCAGCUCGCUCGCACCAAGCAAGUUUCCACUGCGAAAGGCGAAAGCUUCGUCUGGACAUUUGGCUUCGCAGGCAGCAGAGAGACAGAGAUGCGGAUUUUAGCAGCUCAUCUCCGAACGUAUCUGCACGGGAGCCCCGCCGGAAAUGCGCAGCGAUCGCGAAAUUUCUGCUCCUCGUCGCCGUCGGUCAAUAGAGCAGAUGAGGCGGCGGCAGCGCUGGAGGAGGAAGCUGAGAGGAAAAUCGGGUGGUUGCUGAAGGUGAUCUUCGCCGGGACUGCCACCGCCAUCGGCUAUCAGUUCUUCCCUUAUAUGGGAGAUAACUUGGUCCUUCAGUCGAUCUCGCUCUUGCAAGUGAAGGAUCCCUUCUUCAAAAGAACUGGCGCUUCUAGAUUAGCCAGUUAUGCUGUGGAUGAUGGGAGGAGAAUGAAGGUAGUGGAGCUGGGUGGUGCUCAAGGGCUACUGAACAUGUUGGAGGCAGCUGAAGAUGAUCGGACCCGAAAAGCUGCUCUUGAGGCUCUUGCAGCUUUGACCGAAUCAGAUAAAGCUGUUGGAGCUUUACACAAGGCAGGUGCGGUCCCGAUAGUUCAGUCUACUCCAAGUUCAGUGGAGGAAGCGGCCAUUGACAAGUACAAAACAAGCUUACUUAAGAGGUUCCAAGAUUUGAGAUACGAUGGUUCGUCUUAGCCAUGGUGUGCCUAGCUUGUAAUGAAGCUAUCUGAAAGUAGGCUUAAAGAGUUAGAGUAGGUUAUACUGGUUAUCUGCUAUGCAAGUCAGUUUUGUUUCAGUUGCAUUUAUGAUGUACCUCUUGGUAGACUUGCUGUGAUCAAACAUAGGGCUCGAUGCAAACCUUCUCACGCUUAUCUUUUAAGUCCCUUUUUUUCUUGGAAAAACUGAUGCAUUACAACUUGCUGGGUGCAAAGAUGCCCUCAGCAGAUGAUGCAAAAUCCAGUUUCGAACUUUCGGGUCCCGAGAUAUCUAUUUUGUGGGCAAAGAGAAGCCUCAGUGAGCUAGUCUCACUGCAAGUAAAUUAUACUCAGGAUA